UCUGUGACACACCAGCCAGGUCCUUUAUUAAAAACACAAAGAACCACAAUGCCUACCAUGGAUGUGACAAAUGUGUGCAGCCUGGAAACUAUAUUAACAGACGCAUGACAUACCCAUGUGCAGACUAUGCCCUACGGACAGAUGAAUCAUUCACAAACAUGGCCGAUGAGAGUCAUCAUCAUGAAGGACCACAUCCAUUUAUUGGCAGUAGUGUGGAUGUUCCAUUUGGUCGAGUUCCAGAGCAACAAAGCAGUAGCAGUAGUACCAGAAAACUGGUGCUGUGAUGGUGCUACCUACUGGCCCAACUAUAGAAAUGAUGAAAGAGUGGAUAAGGCAGUAAAAAAUGUAGAGGAACCAGGACCAGACUGGAAGACAUACGAUAUCAGAAUUAUCAAAUCAUGUGAUCAGUACUUUGAGGCACGACAGCUUCUGAAGAAAUCGCUUACAUGCAGCACAUCAGACCUUCAGUCAGAAGAGGAAGAGGAGGAAAUACGACCAAAAAGGAAGCCAAAGGCAAUUCAUUUCUUUGGGGACUCUGACAGUGACACAGAAGAAGUUUACCUGAAAAGGAAAGCCAGAGCUGCAGUAAGACGCCCACUACAACCACCUGCUCCAGUUAUCCAACCACCACCUUUCACUGGAGCUAGCAUCCACACAAUUGCUUCUUCUGCAAAAACUCCAUCACCACCACUGCUUGCCCAGAUGGAAACUAGACCAAGAGAUGAGCCAACUCCUUCUUCAAGCCAUGUCUACAGGCCUACUUGGAAAGGGGGACGGUAUGGCUCAGACACAAUUACCUGCUCUGCUGCAGAAGUUCAAAUAUUGAGCUUACUGGAGUACAUUAAACACCAACAAGACCAAUUAACCACCAAAGUAAACUAUCUGACCAACAAGCUGAACUCAACUGUCCAAGAAAGAGAAAUACCUGACCCUGUACAGUUUCCACUACAAUCAAUGGAGGAAGUGGAGAAUUUUGAGAAAUGGCUCAAAGAUCCUGCUAACUCUCACCUGAAGCAGAGUGUGAUUUCUUCACUGGCAGCCAUCGGGGGGCUGAUGCAAGAAGUAUCACAUGGAACAUUCUUUCCCGCAUGUUCCACAGUGACAUUGGACAGAAGAUAAAUUGGACAGGGGCCAAUGGAAAGGGAGGUUUCUCCCAGAUGGCAUCAAAAACAGUACUCUUGGAUGCAGUAAGAAAGACCCAUGUGUCCCGUGCUGCCACAGAAGAGGAGAUUCGGAUUCGGAAACAUGCCAUACGAUGGUUCAAUCUGGCAGCAGACAGAGGAAGAAGGCGGCGUCCUCCUGUUACCAUCCCGAAUCAAUGCUGAGGACUUCAGUUUGUUAUUGUUACUGUUAUUGUUCCAGAAAUGGUUAUCUUUCAGUUAUUUGUCUGUUAAUGUUUUAAUGAAGUACAGUAAUGAAUCAAUGCAUCACCUGCUUAAUUAAUUUGUGAUAGUAUUUCCUUUCUUUGCCAUUUUACUUUUUCCUUUACUGCAUUUUGUUAAAGAAUAAAGAAGUGUUAAAGGAUUUAUAGUAAAUAAACAGUAUUCUUGAUACAUUUAUGAUCCCAUUAUUUUUGUAAUACUCAUAUGC